UAAUAUUUUUGUUGUGAGUGCGUACACAUGCGAUACCCCUAUUCCUCGAGUAAUCCAUGGCUUCUUUGUUGACUUUGCUCUAACCUUGGUAAGUUUUGGGGGAAAGCAGUGUUCGAAUAAGGCACUAUCAUGUAUAUGUCCAGCACUCAAAAACGCAGCUGGACAUUCAGUAAUGAGUCAGAGCUUAUUACAUUACGUACAGAAGCCAAUGCCCAGUACAUAGAACGCCACCGUGAAGAUGAAGCUGCCGUUAAGGCAGGUGACAUGUCUAGAUUCUUCCUGACAGCUGCAGAAGAACGUUGCUUGGUGCGUCAGUUUGAGCUCCACCUACGAGAUUUUUGUCGGCGCUUUCAGCCUCCAGUUCCACGGGCUGUUAUGGGUGCUGCUUUCCACUACUUCAAACGAUUCUAUCUGCGAAACUCUGCUAUGGAUUAUCACCCAAAGGAGAUGCUCGUUACAUGUGUCUACUUGGCAACAAAGGUAGAAGAAUUCAACGUGUCAAUGGCACAGUUUGUGUCAAAUAUUAAAGGAGAUCGUGAGAAGGCUGCCGAGAUAAUCCUAAACAAUGAAUUGCUGUUGAUGCUGCAUCUGAACUAUAACUUAACUGUUCAUCAUCCAUUCCGACCUGUGGAAGGCCUGCUCGUGGACAUUAAAUCUCGAGGUAGUCUACGUGAUCCAGAGAGACUGAGACCAGGAAUUGAGGAAAUGUUGGAGCGUGUGUACCUGACUGAUGCUAUCCUCCUGUACUCACCGUCACAAAUUGCUCUAGCUGCGAUACUCCAUGCUGCGAGCAAAAUCAAUGAGAAUCUAGAUUCAUACGUAAUGGAUAUUUUGAUUGGCCCAUCUGGUAGGGAGCACCUUUCAGGUCUUAUUGAAGCUGUCAGGUGUAUCCGUUCUUUGAUCAAGUGUAUUGAAUUACCACCAAAAGAUCAGAUGCGUAUGUUGGAGAAGAAGUUAGAAAAGUGUAGAAAUCAAGCCCAUAAUCCUGAUAGUUAUGUGUACAAGAAAAGAAUGUUGGACAUGAUUGAUGAAGAUGACGAUGACGACGAACGGUACCUGUACACCAAAAUGAUCCGUGAUCAAUCAGCAAAUGAUGAGGCACUUUUGGGUGUCUCAAAAGUGCAUUCACCUGCAGCUUAAUGACUAGCUUCCUUUUUUAUUUAUUAAUACAUGUUUUUAUGCAACCAGAUACUUAUUUUUAUGCAAGUGUAAAUUUUUGUUGUUUUAAAGUUCUGCUGCAGUUAUAUUUUUGUAAUAAACGUGGCUACAAUCUAGUUUGUGUGUAUGACAUCACUGAUGCAUGUGAUAGCUGGUAAAAAUACUGAAUAUAUCUUAUUUCACAGUUCUCUUCUUGCACAGUUUUCAAAUCAUUUUGUCAUACACACAAGAUGUACCAUAUGUGUAUUAUUCCAUCUGCAUUGCUACAAGUAUUUUAGUUCAAAUAAAUAAAAAGUGCCUUGUCUCAGACUGUGUGUGUGCAGUAAUUAAAAUAGUCUUUUAUGAUUGUAAUCAAACUUGGUUACAUAAAUUUAUACCAAAAGUUUUAUAUGAAAUUGUUAAAUCAAUAUACCCUGGACACAAUGUCAUCUUUGUGGUAAAUAUGUAUUCAUAGAGAGAGAGAUGAACAUGCUAAUGGCAUAACAUUUACACUGUUUUCUUGUCACAUUAAAAAUGAGAUAUUGCUAAAUACACAAAUUGUUUAGUAUUUUUAACAGACAAUAACUGUUGAAACUAAAUUAUUUGCAGAUGUGACUUAUCUCAACUAAUAAAAGAUAAAAUACCUGCACAAAUCAGUUCAUAAAAUUCAUAAGCCAGAUUUGAGACUGAAACAAUUUGUGUAUUCUUUAUUGUUUCCAUUACAUUCCAAAACAUGUUUAUUUUUCUUUUAAUUGGACAAUAUGCAGAAAUAUGAUGCUUUUGUGAGAAAAGAAGUAGCUUUUAGUUUUAGUUUAUUUAAAUUUGUAUAACAACACAAGGCUGUUAAACAGUAGAAGCUCAUACUGUAUACGUUCCAGUUGUUUCAGUAUUGUGAUACUUAGAAAUGAAUACAUGAUUUUUAAAAGGCUGAAGAUAUUUCUUUUCAUAAAUGUAUAUGCCUGUAAACUGAGACUGUCGACAAGCAAACCAACAGAAAAGAUUACUCUUAAAUAAAAAUAAAUAGACUAUAGUUACCAAAAUAAAAAGUUGCCAACGAUUAACAUUAACAUGAAUGUUGGUAUUGGCUGUCUUUUUCUUAAGAGCAUGCAUUCAUAGUGUGGUUUAAGUACCUGAAGGGACAUUAGGUUAUUGCCUGAUUUAUGUUAGGAUUGGAAAAGAGUUUGAAAGUAAUGUAAAUAAUUAUUUAUUACUCAAAUGUUUAAGUACUGUACCAUUUUCAAUCAGGUUUUAAUGUAUUACUGAAGGCGUAAAAUA